AUGACUCAAACAGAUUUAGGGCAGCCGGUGGUAGUGCCGGUUGCCGGCGGUAGUCGACGACGGUGCGGAAGCAUCGGUGACGAAGACUGCGAAGACGACGAAAACGAAGAAGAAGAAAACGAGGACGAAGAGGAGGACGGCGGCAGUGGUGGUAGUGGUGGCGGUGGUUGUGGUGGUAGUGGAGGAGGAGGAGGAGGAGACGGUGGUGAUAGUGGUGGAGGUGGUGGAGGACGAGGAGAAGGAGGAAAAAGAAGAAGUAGCAGUGGUGGAAACGGUGCCGGCGAGGGUGGUUGUUGUGUUAGUGGCAGCGGCGAAAGUGUUUGCGGUGGUAGUGGUGUUGGUGGUGGUAUUGGUGUUGGUAGAGGUACUGCUGCUGCUGCUGUCGCUGCUGUUGGUUGUGGUGGCGACAACGGCCACGACUGCGAACGAAGUGGAGGACGGGGUUCAGAAGAAGGCGCGGAGGAAGUGCUGCGCGAGAUCUCAUCUUUGUGCGGGCGACGGGGCCGCUCCCUGCCGGCCGCGCUGUUCAUCAGGUGA